AUGAUCGCCGUCGGUACAAGAGCCAAGUUGUGGGUCCUUAGAUCCCAGUAUCGUCAAUUGGAAUCUAUUACGAGCGUCGAAGACCUGGAAAGCCAUUCGCAUGACAUCGAAGCGCCUUCGAGUCUGGGCGAGCAGCUACCAAGAGGUUUCGGCUACAUGAAACGUAGUCCGCAAUCUCCAAUAUGGGACUUCUGUUAUUCGGCUGCCUCUUGGAAAACCGAAAAGGUGGGCUUGUCUCUUAGGACCAUGCUAACCCUGCAAGCCAUCGAGCGCAAAAGACGGAAGAACUCAACUCAUUUGCAUGCACUUUGA